AGAUGCUUUUCUAUUAACGAAUCAUAACACACGCCUGCACGCCCUCUACCUCUCGUGGAUCUAUCACUUCCUCUGCUUCUCUCUCAGGAUUCUAUUCUUCAGUCAAUCUUCUCUCCCUCUCUGUGCAAAACCCUCUCUCUGCUUGUGCGUUUGAAAAUCUGAAAGUAUUGGUUAAAUACAAAAACCCAAGAUUUAUCAUAAACCCUAAUUCUCGUGGGUUUAUAAAACACAUACUCUUGGAUCUGUGACCCCAUCAUCGUCAAUCAUCAUCAUCAUCUAGCCUGCUAUUUUGAAUUUUUGAUCUUCUUCGCUGCGCGCUUUUGUGGCGGCAAAAGCAAUUUUUUUAGAAAAUAAUAAUAAUAAUAAUAAUAAUGGCGAGUCCAUUUCCAGCACCUGUUAGCGCUGUUCAGGUCGGGUCUUACUUUGUAGGACAGUACUAUCAGGUGCUUCAACAACAUCCUGAUCUUGUUCAUCAAUUCUACGCUGAUGCCAGCACCAUGAUUCGUGUUGAUGGAGAUUCAAGCGAGUCUGCUUCUACAAUGCUGCAAAUCCAUACUCUUGUCAUGUCCCUAAAUUUUACUGCAAUUGAGAUCAAGACCAUCAAUUCUCUUGAAUCUUGGAACGGGGGUGUUUUGGUGAUGAUAUCUGGUUCUGUUAAAAACAAAGAUUUCAGUGGCAGGAGAAAAUUUAUGCAGACCUUUUUCCUGGCUCCCCAGGAGAAGGGCUACUUUGUUCUUAAUGAUAUCUUCCUGUUCAUUGAUGAGGAAAUCAUUUACCAGCAACAUCCACCUCCCGUCUCAUCUGAGAAUGUAUACCAGCAACAUAAUGCUCCUAUAUCAUCUGAGGACACUCAUGAUGCACAACUGGAUGCCUCUAGCCCUCUUCCAGAGCCACCUGUUUCCGACUAUGUUUUGGAGGAAGAAGCCAGGGAGUUUGUGAACUCAGUUCACAUAGAAGAUGAUCCAGUAGACAAGUACAGUCUCCCAGAGCAACAGCAGCAACAGGACUUUGAGACAGAAAUUGUAGUUGAAGAAGCUCCUGUUGAGGACACACCUGCUUCUUUUCAAACUGUUAUGAAUGUCGUGCAAGAUCCUCCAGCUGCUGCUCGGGAGGAACCUGUAGAAGAACCUCCAAAGAAAACUUAUGCUUCUAUAUUAAGAGUUGCUAAGGGGCAGUCAUCAGCUGCUACUCAGCCAUCUGUUAACAGGAGUGCCCCAACUACAUCUAAUUGGAAUCAUGUACCACCACCCACUGCUCAGCAAUCAGAAUCUGGAUUGUCUUAUGUGGCUGAAUCUGGAUUUGAAGCCACUGAGGAAGGAUUGGGGCUAGAUGAAGGUGAACCAAAAUCUGUCUAUGUGAGAAACUUGCCCUCCAAUGUUACUGCUGCGGAAGUUGAGCAGGAAUUUAAGAACUUUGGCAGAAUCAAGCCUGAUGGUGUGUUCAUCCGGAAUCGAAAGGAUGUGGUUGGUGUGUGCUAUGCUUUCGUUGAGUUUGAAGACCUUGCCAGUGUUCAAAAUGCGAUCAAGGCAUCUCCAAUACUGCUGGCUGGAAGGCAAGUCUACAUUGAGGAGCGAAGACCAAACAGUAGCAUUGCUUCUCGAGGAGGAAGAAGGGGAAGAGGCAGAAUCGGUUACCAAAUCGAUGCGCCAAGGGGGCGUUUUGGUGCUCGUAGUUCGGGCAGGGGAAGCAAUCAAGAUGGUGGUGACUACACCAGAGCAAGAGGCAAUGAUUUCUAUCAGCGUGGUACACGAUAGGAGAAAGGUUAUUAUUGGGAAACAAGGGUGUGCACAGGCAGGAAGCACUCAGGCCUCAAGCCAUGAUUUCUGAUCUAAAGAGGAUACAAGGUUUUGAGUUAAUUCAUACAUGAUUGAAUAUUUUCCUUUCAACGUGUACGUGUUGAGGUGUGUUUCACAUGUGUUGGAUAUCUUAUUAAUGUUAUUGUGCCUGAUGGUAUAGUUGCACUUCUGAUCCCCUUGAAUGUUUUUUAUAUGCAAUUCGAGUGGGAUAUUUUGGUUAAUUUAAGCUGUGUUGAGGGAAUGUGAUAUGUUGGUUUUAUGGGUUAUAAAAGGCUCUUUUUGAUUUAAAAA